AUCACCUACCUCUAUUUCAUCCCACCUGCCGUCGCAAACAACCAACGAGUUGUCCAUCCAUCCGGCAUCUACCCGGUACGCCUUUUUCUAUGCGAACACCGACGUCGACGCGAAGGAAUGCUACUAGAUUCGCCCUGCACGCUUUAAUACCGUCGCGCACCCGGCAGCACCGCCCUCACACCCGAGCGAUCUCGCCGUAGAGACCCAGUCUCCCCUCUCUGCCGGUCCAUGCCCGCUGCUGCUAUGACCAUGGCCUCCGCCGCCGCAUCGCCCGCCGCCCGCAAGACGGGCUCUGCACCCGAGAAGAAGUACAAGUGUCAGUUCUGCAACCGCGCCUUCAGCAGGAGCGAGCACCGCAGUCGUCAUGAGAGAUCCCACACCAAAGAACGCCCCUUCAAAUGCCACAAAUGCCGCAGCACCUUCGUCCGUCGCGACCUCUUGUUGCGCCACGAUCGCACCGUUCACGCAAAAGAUGGCGGCGUGCCACUGACCAGCGAGGUCAAACGCCGUACCAGCAACAAGACGCAAGAAGAGUCUGCCGCACCGGGCCCGUCGAAAGGUGUCAUGGCACAUGAGUCCGCGACUACUCUGGAACAGAUCGAGGCCAGCAGUGAAGAGAUGGUGGACAUAGAGGCGGCGGCCAUGUUGAUGACCGACUUCCGCCACAAGGCCAUGGCUAGCCAGGAGCCUGAAAUGUCUACCGAAGCCCCGAGCGCUGUCAUCUCGCCCACUGGCCCCCCCAUGAUGGAGCCUGCCGUUACCUACCCUGCCCCGGGCUCCAUGUCGUUGCCACAAAUGCCUUGGGGGGACUCCAUGGUGCCCGAAUCUAGGACACACGGGGCCCAGGACACGCAUCCUGCUUUCAACAGUGCCAGCGCUCUCAGCUCGCACCCCCACCAGCUGCCGCCGCUAAUGGAGCGUAAUAUGUCAAACUCCAGCAUCCCGCCUACUUUCCAGCCAAUGAACAGCUCCGCCGCUGCCGCUGGUCUCGGGACGCCAGGUGCACUCUCACCCUAUCCCGGUAUGCUCGGCCCUGUAUCACCUGUUGAUUACCGCAGAUCUCCGGGUCCCAGUCAAGCACUCAUGGUUGCGCGAGCUCCUCAAGUAGAGAACGAUGAACAGUGCGCAAGGAUUUUUGAGAACAUCAGACAGUACGACAGCGAAAACGCUCUGUUGGAUACCUUCCACUUACCAAGCCUAAACACUGUUAACAGGCUGCUCAAGACAUACUUCGACCUGUUUCAUCACCAUCUGCCGUUCUUGCACCCGGCCACAUUCCGGCCUACUGAAGUUGCAGCUCCGCUCCUCCUUGCCGUGCUCUCGAUCGGUGCACUGUACAUCUUCGACCAAGAUCAGGCAUACAUGCUCCAUAUUGGGUCUAAGGUUCUCGUAAAUCAAUUCUUGCAGAACAAGGAAAACUUCAGCUCCCGCAAAUGCCCGCUCUGGACCAUGCAAAGUACUCUACUCAACAUGAUCUUCGCAAGCUGGAGCGGCGAUCCGAAGGGGCUCGAGUGGGCCUGCUCCAUCAAAAGUCUUUUGGCUAAUAUGGUAGCUGGAAACCGAUAUGAACUCAAGCUUCGCUCCGAGGCUCGAGAGAACGCGCAGCCAAGCCAUGAAGAGUGGACCGUAGACGAGCAAUGUCGCCGCACUUACUACGCAGUGUAUAUCUUCUUUGGGCUCAUGACUCUGACCUACAACCAUACGCCCGCCAUGGGCUUCAAUGAAUUCGACACGCUCGAGCUUCCGUCUUCUGAAUCUCUUUGGACGAUGGAGGUAUCUGACGAGGAGUCGUGGCGCGAGAGCGUUUCAGCAUCCAAGAUCAUUACCUUCCGUCAGGCCCACGACAAUCUUUUCCAAGGGGAACCAGCUCAGUACAGUGCUUUCGCUACCCGGGUCAUGAUCAACGCACUGUUCUUGGAAGUAUGGUACCACAAGCGCAGCCCGGAGGCUUUGCAGGAUGUUGUGACUGAGUACAAGUUGAGACUUGCAUUAGAGACCUGGGAGAAGUCCCUCGACCUCUGCGAGCCGGAGACAGUCGUGGUCCAAUUGAGUGCGCCGCACAAAGGUCAUCCCUUGAUCUUCAACGCCAUGGCCAUGUACAGGAACACUCGGACAAGGCUUGUGGUAGAUCUGAAGUCCGUCCAGGAAGCUUUGCGCUACCAUGACUCCUACGAGGUUGCCGCCGCCAUGACCAACGCACGGGACAAGGUGCAGCGAUCGGAGGAGAUGAUCAAGGUCAUUCAGGAAUGCUUUGACUGCAUCGAAGUCGCAGCUGUUCAAGGUAUCCGCUGGGUCGCGCGUACUUCAGCGACCAAUUGGAGCAUCGAACACCCUCUGACCGGAAUGGAUCUCAUGGUCAUUCUUACUCUCUGGUUGUAUCGCCUAGAACACGACGAGGAGCCCGCUACCGAGGAAGAAUUAGCAAUGUACAACAAGCUUCGGAAUCUGUUUGAUGACGAUUCUGUCGAUGUGUAUGGUGCCAAACUCAGCUCUACCGUGGCUCGGCUCUGGGGUAGCAUGAUAGAUGAGGUGGUUGUUUGGGGUAUCACUAAGCUCAUGGGUGAAGCCUUCAAACUCCACUCCCAGGCCCUGGUGGGUUACGAAGACGCCAUGUCUGAACGCUCAGGCUCUGCGACACCCUCCAUGGCUGCCGGCGGUGUCCAAGUGCUCGAGAUGCAGAUGGCUUACUAGUACCACCAGGUCCGCUCCUUACGACUUUGACGACAUUUCAUUCUUGUCUCCACUUUACCUUUAGACUG